AUGCCAGGUUUCGGAAUGCCUGGGGCUGGAAUGGCUGGAUUUGGGAUGCCCGGGUUUGGAAUGCCUGGGGCUGGAAUGACUGGGGCCGGAAUGGCUGGGGCUGGAAUGGCUGGCUCUGGAACGUCAGGAGCACAGGGAAAAGCCGGUCUUCCACUAGCUGGUGGUGGAGGUGCUCAAUUGGCCGUAGCGAUCCCAAUUGCAUCGGCUCCGGUUGCUGCCAUUCCUGUCAGUGGUGGUUCUAUGGCAUCA